CAUCAGUCACGUGCACGCUGCGGUCUUCUCGCUGCUUUUCGAUGGUGGCGGUGGAAGGCCGCGUUGGUGCAGUUUGUAGUGCAGGGGGGAUGGCAAGUCCCAAAGGAUGAUGCCCCAUUGAGUAACGAGUCGCGCCUGAGAAGGGAAUAGGUGCUAGUGUGCGAUGCUGUAGUGAGGUGAUUUGAAAUGACAGGUUGGUUCAAGUCUCCUCCUUUUAAGGAUGGGCUGGUGCUUAGAAAGAGUCCUAGGUUUGUUAGUCCUGGCUCAUGCAUGUGUGACCUAGAGCAAUCACUUAACUUCUCUGGUAUUUUCCCGUCUGUAAAAUGGGAUUGAGGACACUUACGUGCUUUUGUAAAGCACUUCUAGAGCUUUGAGUGAAUUUGAAGUACAUAAGAUGUGUUUAAUAAAACAGUGAGGAUAUAAUUGUGGAAUAUUUCUCUUUCCUUUAGUCAGCAACCAUACCUUUGUUUAUGAGCAAUAAAGAUGUUGCUGCAGAAGCAGUAACAGGCAGUGGCAAAACAUUAGCUUUUGUAAUUCCCAUACUAGAAAUUCUUCUCAGGCGGGAAGAAAAGUUAAAGAAAAUGCAGGUUGGAGCCAUAGUCAUCACACCCACGAGAGAGUUAGCUGUUCAAAUCAAUGAAGUGCUAUCAUAUUUUACAAAACAGUUUCCCCAGUUUAGCCAGAUUCUUUUGAUUGGUGGUAGGAAUCCAAUAGAAGAUAUUGAAAAGUUCAAAGAACAGGGAGGGAACAUCAUUAUAGCCACACCAGGCCGUUUGGAGGAUAUGUUCCGAAGAAAAGCAGAUGGGCUGGAUUUAGCAAGUUGUGUGAAAUCACUUGAUGUGCUGGUAUUGGAUGAAGCAGACAGACUUCUAGAUAUGGGAUUCGAAGCAAGUUUAAAUACCAUUCUGGACUUUUUGCCCAAGCAGAGACGAACAGGCCUGUUUUCAGCAACUCAGACUCAAGAAGUAGAGAACCUGGUGAGAGCAGGUCUCCGUAAUCCUGUUCGCAUUUCAGUGAAAGAGAAGGGAGUAGCAGCAAGUAGUACUCAGAAAACACCUACGCGGCUUGAAAAUUACUACAUGAUAUGCAAAUCAGAUGAAAAAUUUAAUCAGUUGGUGCAUUUUCUUCGACAACACAAGCAGGAGAAACAUCUGAUCUUUUUCAGUACCUGUGCCUGUGUGGAAUAUUAUGGGAAAGCAUUGGAAUGUUUAGUUAAAAAUGUGAAAAUAAUGUGCAUUCAUGGGAAAAUGAAACACAAACGUAACAAGAUUUUUACCGAGUUUCGGCAACUCCCAAGUGGUAUUUUAGUUUGCACAGAUGUGAUGGCCCGUGGCAUAGACAUUCCAGAAGUAAACUGGGUUUUACAGUAUGAUCCACCUAGCAGUGCAAGUGCCUUUGUACAUCGCUGUGGUCGAACAGCUCGAAUUGGCCAUUUAGGUAGUGCCCUUGUAUUUUUGCUUCCUAUGGAAGAAUCAUAUGUUAAUUUUCUCUCAAUAAACCAAAAGUGUCCCAUGCAGGAAAUGAAACCACUGAAAAAUGUGGUAGAUGUUCUUCCUAAACUGAAGUCUAUGGCUCUGUCUGACAGAGCCAUGUUUGAGAAAGGGAUGAAAGCAUUUGUAUCUUGUGUGCAGGCUUAUGCCAAACAUGAGUGCAAUCUUAUCUUCCGAAUAAAAGAUCUGGAUUUUGCUAGUCUUGCUCGAGGUUUUGCACUGCUGAGGAUGCCAAAGAUGCCUGAACUAAAAGGAAAGUGUUUUCCAGACUUUGCUCCUAUCAGUAUUGACACAGACUCUAUUCCUUUUAAAGAUAAAAAUAGAGAAAAACAAAGGCAAAAACUGUUAGAGCAAAAAAGAAAGGAAAGACUUGAAAAUGAAGGGAAAAGAAAAUUUAUAAGGAAUAAAGCCUGGUCAAAGCAGAAAGCCAAAAAAGAGAAGAAGAAGCAAAUUACUAUGAAAAGGAGAAGAGAGGAGGGCUCUAAUAUUGAAGAUGAGGAAAUGGAGGAGCUGCUGAAUGACACUCGACUUUUGAAAAGGUUAAAAAAGGGUAAAAUUAGCGAGGAAGAAUUUGAGAAGAAACUGAUGAGCAGUGAGAAAAAAAUCAAGGCUGUGUCUAACUCAGAGUCAGAAGAUUGACAGUCCUCCUCCAAGCACCUCUUUGAAGAUGCCUCUCAUGAUAGCAAAGCUGUACUUUAACACCAAGCCAUUUCAUGCUGUGCUCUGCAGCCUGAGCUUUCAUAAAUUCUAAGUGUUUUCUACAAGAAUCUCUGCAAUCUCUACAGGGGAUAAAAAUAGCUACACCUGUGAAGACACAACUACAUCAGACUGUUGUUCCAAAACUGAAUGCUUUGGGUAAGAAAUGUAAAAUUUGGUUAUUAGGUGCCUCCUGGACACACUCUCUGUUCAAAUGUAUACAUAACAUAUCUGGGAUUAUUAAGUAAUUUUAAACUUGUUCAAAAGUCUGUUGUAUGAGUGAGGCAGUUUAGGUGUUUUUAUUUUACAUGCUCAAAAUGCUGCACCCCUAAGGACAUUUAUUUUAGGUCUUCAUAUUCUGCAGUGACUUACACUUCUGUUUGAAAAUUAGUCAAUUGAUAUAUAAUAAAUGAAUUCAAAAUCUUCUGCUUUGUUGUAACAAUCAGGAGGCUGCUGAUAAUGAGGUUAAUCUUUAUACAGUUUCCUUUGUAUAAUAUGUUGGGAUAGUUUAUAUAUGUAUCAAACUGCAAAUAUGAAGGAUGGCCAUUGAAUAACAGAGCAUAAUGUUCAGUGAUUCUGCUCCAUUACAAAUAAAGUUUAAUAAGUUCA